AUGUAUAUUGUGGUGAAUUUAAAGCGUUGGAACAUUGAGGCUUUUAUUUUAAGCAGGUUUGUGGCGUUAGUUGUUUUAGAAUUGGCCUCCGCCACAACACUUGUUGCGUUGGCUCCCAGUGAGUACAGACAAAACCUUGAACCUUCCUUCUCCAAAUCUCCACGACUCCACCGACCACUGCCAGUCCGCCACAGCCCACAAACGGCCGGCCAAGUUCGGAAGUUCCAGUGUUACAGUGUAGCCUUCGACUGUUCUUCCUCUUCUUCGCUCACAGACAUUCGACAUUCGACAGUGUUCUUCGCUUCUUCCUCUUCUUCGCUAAUCGCUACACCUACUCGCUUCCUCUUCCAGUCUUCCUCUUCUCUUCAAUUGUUUAAUUGUGAGUUCCAUGCUUCCAUUACUUAUUUAAUUUUGAUUGGUGAUGGUUACUUUUCUAUUUUGGCCGAUGAAUCAAGUGAUGUGUCUCAAAAAGAACAACUAGCUCUUGUUUUGCGGUUUGUUAAUAGAGAAAAUGGAUCGAUAGUGGAACGCUUUUUAGGCAUUCUACAUGUGGGUGAUACUACCGCUUUGUCUCUUAAAAAUGCCAUUAUGUCGUUGCUUAUGGAACAUUCAUUAAGUCCUUCUAUGAUAAAAGGUCAAGGGUAUGAUGGGGCAAGUAACAUGAGGGGUGAAAUCAAUGGCCUCAAGACUUUGAUUAUGAAUGAUACUCUAAGAGCCUAUUACAUUCAUUGUUUUGCUCAUCAACUUCAACUAACUCUAGUUGCGGUUGCUAAAAAGAAUGUUAAUUGUACUUGGCUUUUUGACGUACUUGCAAACUUGUUAAAUGUGGUGGGAGCUUCUUGUAAGAGAAGAGACCUUAUUCAAAAACAUCAAGCUCAAGUAGUGGCUCAAGCUUUGGAAGUGGGGGAAAUUGAAAGUGGAUCGGGUUUGAAUCAAGAACGUGGUUUAAGUAGGCCGGGAGAUACACGUUGGGGAUCUCAUUACAAGUGUCUAAUAAGUAUCAUCAACUUGUUUCCUUCAAUUGUUAAAGUGCUUGAGGAGAUUGGAGAAAAUGGCUCUCCGGAUGAUAAGCUCAAAGCUCAAAUGAGGGAUCAAGGAUGGGAUAGUCUCUUAGACAAAGUCAUUUUAUUUUGUACUAAACACGAGAUUGAUGUUCCAUCUAUGGAUGAUCAAUAUGUACCUCAAGAAAGAUCAAGACGUUUUGCUAAACAAGCAACAAAUCUACAUCAUUUUCGCGUUGACAUUUUUUUGGAAGUAAUUGAUUUGCAUCUUCAAGAGAUUGAUAACCGUUUUAAUGAGAAGAACAUGGAGUUACUUACAUGCAUGGCUUCCCUGAGUCCUAGAGGUAACUUUUCAUCUUUUGAUAAAGAGAGGAUACUUAAACUUGCUUCUUUAUAUCUCGAAGAGUUUUCAUGCUAUGAUUUAACGGCUCUUGAUCUUCAACUUGAUGUCCUCUUAGAUUCUAUGCAAAAUGAUGAAAGAUUUCAUGAUUUGCAAGAUAUCAAUUCUCUUUCCAUGAUGCUUGUUAAAACAAGGAAACAUGAGACUUUUCCUCUUAUACAUUUGCUAAUCAAGUUGAUGUUGAUUCUUCCUGUUGCUACGACAAGUGUAGAAAGAGUGUUUUCCGCAAUGACGUUUGUCAAAAAUAAGUUGAGAAAUAGCAUGGGUGAUCAACUAGUGAAUGAUUGUUUGGUUACUUACAUUGAGAAGGAAGUGUUUCUACAAAUUGUUGUAGCAUAA